CUGGUUGAGCCAAUUUCUCAGUAUCUGCAAAGUUCCGCCGUCUCCUCCUCCCAUAAACCUCGCAAAACCUUUGAGAACAGCGAAAUGUUUCGGACCAUUCUCCGACGGGCAGCCGGGUCGGGCGGCCCAAGACCCGACCCUUGGAGGCUGACGGCGACAAUGAGCUACUCGACGUCCAAGGAUACCAUAGCCAAGAAGGCGAAGAAGACGGGCAAAUCCAAAAACGACCCCUCAGCUACCGCCGGCGACGACGUAUCGGAGACCGACGCGGCUCUCUCCGGUCGAAAUUCCCGCGCACGCCAGCUCCAAGCGGACGAGAGGGACCCGUCGCUUGAUGUGGGACCCAACGGCCGUCCUCUAUUCACUUCCACUCCGACACUCUCUCAGCUCAGCCGCAAGGACACCUGCUCCUACUUCAAGCUCAAGAUGGAGGAAUUGAACAAUGUUUUGCCCGAGGGGUUGCCAUUGGGGAUGGUGAAGGAGUUCGAGGAUGCAAUGCAGAGCGCGGUGCUCGUCCGCCAGAGCUUUCUCGAUCUUCGUGACAAUUUUCGAAGGAUUGUGGACCCGCCAUUGGACUCGGCUAGCAGCAAAGGUACAAAAGCUCAAAAGCAGAUUGUCUUGGACGGUCCCGUAAGCUGUGGAAAGAGUAUUACUCUUGCAAUGUUAGUUCAAUGGGCUCGUGAGGAAGGCUGGUUGGUUUUAUACGUCCCGAGAGGCAGGGAAUGGACUCAUGGAGGCUUUUUCUAUAAAAACCCACAAACAGGUCUUUGGGACACACCUGUUCAGGCUGAAAAUAUUCUGAGGGAUUUCCUGAAGUUUAACGAAUCCCAUUUAAAACAAUUGUCGUGCCAAAUACUCGAUCCUAUUCCUUUGGGAGAGGGUGCUGGUGUUGGAUGGAUGAGAGAUGGAACUGAUUCCAUGGCAAUGCCCGAAGGUUCAACUCUAUAUGACCUAGUUAAUUCAGGAAUCAGGCACACUCAUGCAGCUGUUGGAGUAGUGGUUCGUUUGAGGAAGGAAUUAUCUGUUGUGAAAAAUAUCCCCGUGCUUAUUGCAAUUGAUCAGUAUAAUAACUGGUUUACGUUCAGUGAGUAUGAAGAGCCAGUAACUGUUCGUUCUACUCGACCAAUACAUGCUAAAGAACUCGCUACGGUGAAGGCUUUUAGAUCUAUGCGAAAUGAUGACAUGAUGGUUGGCGCGUUUUCACAUUCAACGGCAGUAGGAAAGCUUCGUCAAGACUUGCCAGAUGUACCCGUAGAUGCUCGUGUCAACCUAUCCCGCUACACUUUAGAUGAAGCAGCCGCUGUUUGCCAUUACUACCUUAGACAGCGGCUUAUUCGCCGUGAAGCAUUCACAGAGGAAAACUGGAAGAAAGUAUACUACUUGUCGAACGGAAAUGGAGCAGAAAUGAGAUGGCUACUUCCUUUGAUGCGGGCAGAUAGUUAGUUCCUUUGAAGCAGGGAAAUGGUUGUUCCUUUCGGAAAGGUGACAAGCGAAUAUGAUUUUUGUAUCACAGUAGUAACAGAAGACACAAACUGGCAGAGCUGCUUUUUUCGCCUCACGGCCCCUUUGACUUUGAUCUUAUUCAAUCAUAAUGUGUUUUCGAUCGAGGUUUGCACUCGUGAUCAUUGAACUUCUCGCGCGACCGGAGAAGUGUCUGAAGACGUUGUAUCAUAUGUAGAUCAGUUCACAAUUUCAUAUGUAUUUGAGAAACUAGUAACGUUUCUCGGUGUGUAGACAUAAGACAUUCCUACUCGUCUUAAUAAAUUGAUCGGUUCACAAUCA